CCCCUUUGACGUGGCAGAGGCGGCACCAGCCAUGUUGUCCUGGCCCAGGCCCUCCAAGAGGCCGGGGGCGGGGCGGGGCCGCCCCUGAUUGCGGUGCCACGGCUGCUACAGGGCUUUGGAGCGGACUGACGACUGUGCAAGGCGGAGGCUGUGGCCGUCACGGAGCUUCUAGACAGAAAUAAGAAUCAAGUGCUACCAUGACAACCUAUUUGGAAUUUAUCCAACAAAAUGAAGAACGAGAUGGGGUCCGGUUCAGUUGGAAUGUUUGGCCAUCGAGUCGUCUGGAAGCUACAAGAAUGGUUGUCCCAGUGGCAGCCCUGUUUACACCUCUGAAGGAGAGACCCGACCUACCACCCAUCCAGUACGAGCCUGUCCUGUGCAGUAGGACCACUUGCCGUGCAGUUUUGAAUCCUUUAUGCCAAGUGGAUUAUCGAGCAAAACUCUGGGCUUGCAACUUUUGUUACCAAAGGAAUCAGUUUCCACCUACAUAUGCUGGGAUAUCUGAAUUGAACCAGCCUGCAGAGCUUUUACCUCAGUUUUCAAGCAUUGAAUAUGUAGUUCUGCGUGGUCCCCAGAUGCCUUUGAUAUUUCUCUAUGUGGUUGAUACUUGCAUAGAAGAUGAGGAUUUGCAGGCUCUGAAGGAGUCCAUGCAGAUGUCGUUGAGCCUUUUGCCACCUACAGCUUUGGUUGGACUUAUUACCUUUGGGAGAAUGGUGCAGGUUCAUGAGCUUGGAUGCGAAGGCAUCUCAAAGAGCUAUGUCUUCAGAGGAACAAAGGAUCUGUCUGCCAAACAACUGCAGGAAAUGCUGGGACUCUCUAAAGUACCUGUUACUCAAGCCACACGCGGUCCUCAGGUACAGCAACCGCCUCCUUCCAAUAGAUUCUUACAGCCAGUACAGAAAAUAGACAUGAAUCUCACAGAUCUUCUGGGAGAACUUCAGCGAGACCCUUGGCCUGUACCACAAGGAAAGAGACCGCUGCGUUCCUCAGGAGUGGCGCUUUCCAUAGCUGUGGGACUGCUUGAGUGUACUUUCCCCAACACUGGUGCUCGGAUCAUGAUGUUCAUCGGUGGUCCUGCUACCCAGGGGCCUGGCAUGGUGGUGGGAGAUGAGCUAAAGACACCUAUAAGAUCCUGGCACGACAUUGAGAAGGACAAUGCCAAAUAUGUUAAAAAGGGAACUAAGCAUUUUGAAGCGUUGGCUAAUCGAGCUGCUACAACGGGGCAUGUCAUUGAUAUCUACGCCUGUGCGUUGGACCAGACAGGCCUGCUGGAGAUGAAGUGCUGUCCUAACCUUACUGGAGGAUACAUGGUAAUGGGUGACUCUUUCAAUACUUCCUUAUUCAAGCAAACUUUUCAAAGAGUCUUCACCAAAGAUAUACAUGGCCAGUUUAAAAUGGGCUUUGGUGGCACAUUAGAAAUAAAGACUUCAAGGGAAAUAAAGAUUUCAGGAGCUAUUGGACCCUGUGUGUCUCUUAAUUCAAAAGGACCUUGCGUGUCUGAAAAUGAGAUUGGAACAGGAGGCACUUGUCAGUGGAAAAUCUGUGGCCUCAGCCCCACCACAACCUUAGCCAUAUAUUUUGAAGUUGUUAAUCAGCAUAAUGCUCCAAUUCCUCAAGGAGGACGAGGUGCAGUCCAAUUUGUGACCCAGUAUCAGCACUCAAGUGGCCAGAGACGCAUCCGAGUGACCACAAUUGCUAGGAACUGGGCAGAUGCUCAAACUCAAAUCCAAAAUAUUGCUGCAUCUUUUGACCAGGAAGCAGCUGCCAUUCUCAUGGCCAGGCUGGCAAUAUACAGAGCAGAAACAGAGGAAGGGCCAGACGUGCUAAGAUGGUUGGACAGACAACUCAUUCGACUGUGUCAAAAAUUUGGAGAGUAUCACAAAGAUGAUCCAAAUUCCUUCCGGUUUUCAGAAACAUUUUCUCUUUAUCCUCAGUUUAUGUUUCAUUUAAGAAGAUCUCCUUUCUUGCAAGUUUUUAACAAUAGUCCUGAUGAGAGUUCAUACUAUCGUCACCAUUUCAUGCGUCAGGAUCUGACCCAGUCUCUGAUCAUGAUUCAGCCCAUUCUGUACGCCUACUCCUUCAGUGGCCCGCCAGAGCCAGUUCUUCUAGACAGCAGCAGCAUUCUUGCAGAUCGGAUUCUCCUCAUGGACACGUUCUUCCAGAUUUUGAUUUAUCACGGUGAGACUAUAGCACAGUGGCGGAAGUCAGGAUACCAGGACAUGCCAGAAUAUGAGAAUUUCCGGCACCUUCUGCAAGCCCCAGUAGAUGAUGCACAAGAGAUUCUUCACUCCAGAUUUCCAAUGCCGAGAUACAUUGACACGGAGCAUGGUGGCAGCCAGGCUCGUUUCCUCCUUUCGAAAGUCAACCCUUCACAGACUCAUAAUAACAUGUAUGCCUGGGGGCAGGAGUCCGGAGCACCAAUUCUCACGGAUGAUGUUAGCUUACAAGUGUUCAUGGAUCAUUUGAAGAAACUUGCAGUGUCGAGUGCUGCUUGACAUGCCAGAUGUGUCAGACACUCAACUGACAUUACUACUUUAGUUCCUUUUGCUUUUUUCAUUUAUCUGUGGAAACAACAGAGGUCUCUCUCUAAACCUGUUUUGUGUCAGUUUGGUGUGAGGUGACAUGGAAAAAUGUUGAUGAUUGUAGAUUAAGCUGAAACAUAUAAUGAGAGCAAUGAGAACAAGUUUGUUUUGCCUGAUACAGUAUUAUAAUUGGUUUUGUAACUUUGAAGUCUUGUAUGAUUUAAUUAUGUUUAAUGAGUUAGAAUGGUUUGCUUUGUAUUACAGAUACCACUUAUUUGUAUACUGCAGACAGCUCUAGAGUGGCACUGGGCAUCCUCCCUGACCUGUUAGGGGUUAUUUAAUAAGAGCCAGGAACAAAUCAAUAGUGAUGAUAUAUGGCUAGUUUGCUUUUUUUGUGAAGUAAUUUUCUGGUUUUCUUUUUAGCAUACAUUGUAUAUGCCAUUCUGUAUUUUGUUAAAUUGGAUUUAUUUUAUGGCUUAAGAAUUAUUUGACUUUAUAGUAGCAAUUUUUUGUUAAGGUAAUUUAAUAUUUUUGGUUAUUUAAAAAAAUUAUUUAGAGCUAAAAAAUUUGAGUGAGGUAAUAAACCCACAGCAGACAUUAAAUGUGAAAUUCCCACAGAGAGCCCAACUCACAUUACUAACUAGAGUAAUUUUUUAAAGAAGGACGUUCUCACUACUAACCAUAUCUUUUUUUUUGUUUUAUCAUUUAUUGUUUCCCUUCUUAGAUAAUUUCCCAUUGUGUUCUUCAGUAUUUUAACACUAUUCUAGGAGUUUUCACUUCACUCUUUGUUUCUGUUUCCUUGUGAAUUUAUGAAUUUGUGGUUCUUACUGAGACAGUAUUAAUAUAAUGUUUAAUUAUGUCAUGUGGAGAUGGUUCUGUUUGAUUUAUUGAUUAGUAUCAUUCACUUUUACCUUUUAAAGUUUACUUGUAGCAAGUGUUUACAUUGCUGAGCAGAUAAGUCUGACAAUGAAAUGUAUGUAUCAAGUGCUGCACAUGUAAGGGUGCUCUGGUGGGCGCAGCAGUGGGGACUGACUGCACCCGCAUGAACACAAUCAGACGACGGCGAAGCAGAAACGUAAAUUGUUAUUAUACUCAACUAUCUAAAUAAAUUACUUUGUUCUGUUUUAUUUGAAUUGAACUGUGCUAGGCCAAAAUGCCAAUAAAAUAUACCUUUCUCUGUUUUCUUAGUUAUUUUAAAAUCUAGUAAAAGCCUGGGAAACAUCAUGUAAAAUAAGAGUGCUUUUUUUGUUUUUUUUGUUUUUGCCAGGGCUUCAUUACGUUACUCUGGCUGUCCUGGAGCUCAUUAGUAGACCAGGGUGACCUCAUGCUCACAGAGAUCUGCAUCCCUCCCUGGUGGUGGGAUUAAAGGCAUGCAUCACCACACUGGGCCUACAUUUUUUGAUUGGCACACAGCUGUACAAAUGUAUUAGUACAAUGUGAUAAUUCAAUACCUGUUCAUAGAAAUGGUCAGAUUACCUUAAUUAGUGUUUUCAUUUCUUCUAAACAACAUUGCUUUGUGUUGGAAACUUUCAGACCUUUCUCUCUUAAUUCUUAUAAAAAUAUGCAAUAAAUUGUUGUAAACUGCC